GAAGCCAUCAUGGGCAGGAUGGAGACCGGUGGAAACCUGUGUUUUCCCUCCAGCUCGGAUCUAAGCUGCGUCACUCCUGCUGGUGGGAACAUGGAAGAUUUGGAAGAAGAUGUAAAGUUUAUUGUGGAUGAGACCUUGGACUUUGGAGGGUUGUCACCAUCUGACAGUCGUGAGGAGGAAGACAUAGCAAUGUUGGUGACUCCGGAGAAACCACUCCGACGGGGCCUAUCCCACAGAAGUGAUCCGAAUGCAGUGGCCCCUGCCCCCCAGGCUCUGAGGAUCAGCUUAGGCCCCCUCAGCCCAGAGAAGCUGGAGGAGAUCCUCGAUGAAGCCAAUCGACUGGCUACCCGACUGGAGCAGUGUGCCCUGCGGGAGAGGGAGGGCACAGGCCAGGGCCCGGGGCUUCGUCAGGUGAAGCCCAGCCCUCGGCGGGAGACUUUUGUGCUGAAGGACAGUCCUGUCCGGGACCUGCUACCCACUGUGAGCUCCUUGGCUCUGAGUACCUCCACCCCUAGCAGCCUGACGCCCCGACUCCGGAGCAGUGAUAGGAAGGGUUCGGUCAGGGCGCUUCGGGCAACAUCUGGAAAGCGGCCCUCCAGCGUGAAGAGGGAGUUGCCCACUUGCAAUCUGUUCCCCGCUUCAAAAAGCCCAGCAUCUCCCUCUCCCCUUGCCCGUUCAUCUCCCUCUCCCCUUGCCCGUUCAUCUCCCUCUCCCCUUGCCCGAUCAUCUCCCUCUCCCCUUGCCCGAUCAUCUCCCGCUCCCCUUGCCCGUUCAUCUCCCUCUCCCCUUGCCCGAUCAUCUCCCGGUCCCCUUGCCCGAUCAUCUCCCGCUGCCCUUGCCCGAUCAUCUCCCACUCUCCUUGCCCAAUCAUCUCCCUCUCCCCUUGCCCGAUCAACCCCUCCAAUCCGGGGGAAAGCUGGGCCCAGUGGGAGAAAAACAGCAGGCCCAGCCGCCCCUGUCAGACCAGUCCUGGACCCACAGCCUUCUACCAGCAACACUCAGCGCCUCUCCCGGCCACAGGGUGCAGCUGCUAAACCUUCAAGUAGACUGCCCAUUCCCUCAGCUAUCCCCAGGCCUGCCAGCCGAAUGCCACUCACCGGCCGGAGUGUCCCACCUGGCAAGGGUGGCCUACCUCCAGACUCUCUGUCAACUCGGAAAGGGCUUCCAAGGCCAAGUGCUGCAGGGCACAGAGUUCCUGUUUCCCAGCGGCCACGUCUUCCUGUCACAAGUGCCACUCGCAGCAAUUUGCAGCCACCCCGGAAAGUUGCAGUCCCAGGUCCCACCAGGUAAAGAGAUCAGGACAGCAAGCAAGAAUCCAGUAGCAAACCACUACAAUCACUGCCCGGACUCACCUCUACCUGCCCCCUCAAGCCCUCACAGUAGAGCAGACCCUGACUCUAGAAGAUUCUGGCCUAGGGCCAGGAGGAGGAGACCCUGCCAGAGGUGCUCCCCCAGGAGUGGGGUGGAUUUGGGUUGAGCUGGAGGGGAGUCAAACUCUCUGGGUUGAAGGAAGAUUAGGGAAAAGAGGGUGUCUCAGUAGUGAAAUUAACAAGCUUGAAAAUGAGAAAUGCAGGCACAUGUUUGGGUGUUUUGCCCUCAUCCACUCUUGCUUUCAGCCCCAAAAAGCAACCAGGCAUUGGUUCACUGGACAUUUACAUGCGAAUGGCCUCUGUAGCUCACCCCCUGCCCCCCAAGGAGAGGCCUUCUGAAUCACAUCCUCCACUGGACUUUGGCCGGGCAGGCUGGUUGGAGAGACAGAAGCAGCCACUUUGUCUCUAGAACUUAUCUCCUAUGAAUUUGUGACUCCAAACUGGCCAGUUUAUGAUAAACUUACUUUGUCAGUCUGCAUUUUUCUAAAAUAAAGUGAAUAUAUUUUUA